UUCUCUCUUUCUCAACGGCAAAACCAUCAUCGUGAAAUUCUCUCGUCGUCGAUUUUCCGAUUUUGUUACGCAACCGAUUGUUUUAGUCACCAGGUGUUUGAUUGUUUGUUUGUUUGUACUAGCUGAUGGUUAAGUUAUGUGAAGAAUAAAGAUGAAACUAUAGGCACAUAUUCCAGGACAGAUAUCUGGACAGGUUCACCCAAUCACAGAUGCCAUCUUUAGCCGCCGCUGUAUCACGAUCAUCAAAUAACAUGGACCCUGAAUUUCUUAGGGCACGAGCAUUCAUUCAAGACAAGAUCUGUGAUGUGUUAUUGCAUCGGAGUAAUACGCCAAAUAGUGAAAUGCAGAAAAGGAGGAUUAAGGAUCUUGCAAAACGCCUCGAGGAGGCCAUGUUAAAAACUGCUCUCUCUAAGCAUGAGAUCCAGGUUGGGUUGGUCGACGAUCUGCGCAAGAGGAACGAAGAGCUUGAUGAGAUGACCAAGGAGCGAGAUAGGCUGAGCAAGUGGGUCGAAGAACUAGAGUCUGCUGCCUGUCCUGCUGAGGAUGAGACCGAAGAGGAGAAAACUCUUUCGACUCGUGCUCAAUUGAUUUUUGAUCGUGAAUAUCUACUGAGUGGACAGGCUCCUCCUAUUAAAGAGGUCAAUGCCGAGGAACCAUUAUUUCCAGCUCUACCCAUAUUAAAUGCAUAUUUUGCAACCAAAGUGACUUAA